AUAAAAUAACAAAAAAGGAAAGGAAAAAGCCAGACAACACAACAUAACAACUGUGACCAAAACCAUAAAGAAAAGGAACAAAGGUGAAAUAUGAGACCGUGUGGAAGGAUUGUAAUAAAAAUACUUGAGCUGAUUGGAUGUGCUUGUUGUUUGAUUGCAAAAGGUAUCACAGAUUUGGAAGAAGGACGAAUAGCAACGAGAAAUCAAAAGUUAUCAAGAGAAUGGAGUCUGCUUAACAACGUGACAUGGGACGGUUCUGGCAACACGUUUGUCAAUAUAACAUUUGGCGGAUAUUUAAUUAUCACAGCACUGAUGACAAUUGUGAGAUGCAUCGAUGCGAGAUCACGUCCUCAUCUAUUGGAGAAAAUACUGCUGCUGCUCGGUGCAUUAAUGUUUUUCGCUUGUGCUGGACUCAUUUUGGCAUCUCUCGACCAAAUUUUGCCCGAACUGUAUGACAACGCCAUCACAUUAGGCACUUUAUCAUUCGUUGUUGGAAUGUUGUACUUAAUUGACUUAGGAGAUCCCAUGGCACGCAAAAUACCAACAGCAACGCAAACGACGAACGACACUUCGUUGCAACAAAAACCGCAAAAUCUGCAAGUAAAUACGGGAGUUAACACGGGAACAGACACAUGGAGACGACAACAAAUGACGACGAUAUCAAAAGAUGCACAAACAGGAACAGAUUCGUUGCCGGGAACGCCGAUACAGACUCACGUGAGUCGUUCUUCGAGUACAAUGCGACAAGUUAUGCCUCCAUUUAACUCUGACACGAUGGAUGACAUGCACGAAGUUGAUUUUGUCGAGACAAAAAGUUAUCCGCAACGACAAAGCCCGAUUUUUUCCAAAGUUAAAAUCGGAAAUGAACGAAAACCUGUAAAGAAUAAAGACAGUAUAGGCAGAAAUUACAUAAAUCGUGGAUUUUUGGAGCAAUGGGAAGAAGAAGAGCCCGUUUUAGUGAAUAAACCUCCAUCUGUUAGUCCAAGUCGACACACACGUUCGCCAGAUCCGUAUCAUUCAAAUACUUAUGUUCAAGCUCCUGCCGUCGAUAAGGGCACUUUAAGUGUCAUUCGUAAAUCGAAACCCGUCCUUUACACAUAUUAUCCGGAAUUUAGUGAAGAAAUUGACGAAAAAGAUCAAAAAGACGACGAUCAACCUCCUCGAAUGCAACGAGGGUAUGUAGCAACAGCUGCUGCAAUGUGGGAUAGUCGUGUUAGCCAAAAGUCAUCAUCUCGACAAAGUACGAGACGAGCAGGAUCCCAAGAUACGAAUGUUUAACUGUUAAAAAAAAAAUGUUUAAAAA